GGGCAGCCACAGCUGGCACUCAGCCUCCACAGCACCAGCACCGGCACACGCCAUGGCAAGUGAAGUGCAAGUCCUGCCCUCCCCACUGAAAGGGGGGCAUCCUCCCGCAGUAAAAGCUGGAGGAAUGCGAAUUUCCAAAAAACAAGAAAUUGGCAUCUUGGAGAGACAUACCAAAAAAACAGGAUUAGAGAAAACAAGUGUCGUUGCAAAUGUUGCCAAAAUACAGACGAUGGAUGCUCUGAAUGACACGCUGGAGAAGCUCAGCCAUAAAUUUCCAGCAGUAGUGCACAUGGCACAUCAAAAACCCAGACCUGCUCUGGAGAAGGUCACUCCACUGAAAAGGAUCUACAUUAUUCAACAGCCUCGAAAAUGUUAAGCUGGGACGUAAAACACAGCCAUCUGGCCAACUGCCUCAAACAUCUGACAGCUUAGCAAAAGGACCAAAAGUGUCCAUAGGCCUAGUGUACUUGCUUGGUGAAUCAAACAGCUUUUGUAUCUUCUCUUUCGACUAUGGAUAAUAAAGCACUUGCAAUUGUAAAUCCAC